UGGACCCUUCCACCCAGCUGGGAGGGUGUGGCUCUAGUCCCCUGGGACCCAAUUCCAGCACACAGGGACAGGAGGGGGCAAUGUCAGGUCUCCAGGAUCCAAUUCUGGUGCGUGAGGGAUGGGAGGGGCUGGUAACAGGGUCCUGUCCAGCUUACUGAUGGGCCCUGUACCACUCAUCUGGCCCGCAGGGCUGAAAGAUGGAGCACUCCUGAUGUAGACCAUGUUGUCACCCUUAUGUGUACUUCCCCCUUAGAUUUCUGCAAGCUAGAUGGGAUGCGGCUGCUCGCCCAUCAGUACCUGGAGCACCUGGACCCGGAGUUGCGGUGGCGUGCUGCCCACUUGGUGGGCACCUGCAGCCAGAAUGUGCCUACAGUGCAGGAGCAGGCCCUGGCACUGGGCUGCAUGCGGAAGCUGCUGCGCCUGUUGGACCAUGAUCCUGGCGAGAUGGUGCGCAUCAAGGCACUCUUUGCCAUCUCCUGCUUGGUGCGUGCCCAGGAGGCCGGGCUACUACAGUUCCUGAGGCUGGAUGGCUUCUCUGUGCUAAUGCGGGCAAUGCAGAGCCCUGUGCAGAAGCUUAAGGUGAAAUCGGCCUUCCUCCUACAGAACCUGCUCCUGGAUCACCCCGAGCACAAAGAGACCCUGUGCUCCAUGGGGAUGGUUCAGCAGCUAGUGGCCCUGAUCCACUCUGAGCACAGCUCCUUCCAUGAGCACGUCUUGGGUGCCCUCUGCAGCUUGGUGACAGACUUCCCUCAGGGUGUGCGGGAGUGCCGGGAGCCCCAGCUGGGGCUAGAGGAGCUGCUGCGGGCGCGCUGCCAGCUGCUGCAGGAUCAGGAGGAGUUUCAGGAGGAGCUGGAGUUCUGCGAGCGGCUGCUACGAAUCUGCUUCCAGACCCCACCCGAGGAGAGCAGCAUGGAUCGGUGACAUCCCCCUCCCCCCAGCCCAGCAGGGGAGCUCCCUACCAUCCCAGCAUGCAGCCCCCAGCUCCUGCCCCUUCAUGGCAGCAUGAGACACCAGAACUGCCAAGGGGCCAGGCUGGGCCAGAGCUGUCUGCUGGGGUGGGUGGGGCUUAUUACCCUAAUGAGGGGGUGGCACCUGGCACAUGGUCCCCUCCACACAAAUCUACUGCUUCC